AUGCUUCGACUGUCUUGCGGUGUCACGUUUGCGCCGCGGCUGAGGCCAGCCUUUCAGCAACGGCGGUGCUUUUCCUCUGAAUUUACAAGAAAAGCUUCUGAUCCGCUGCGGAUACUGUUUUGCGGCUCGGAUGCCUUUAGCUGCGAAUCUCUGCGGGCGUUGCAUCGGGAGCAUGAGACGAAUAGGGGGCUUGUGGAGAGUUUGGAUGUGAUGGUUUUGCCGCCGAGGCGGACGGGGAGGGGGUUCAAGGAGAUCAAGGAGGUGCCGUGUAAAUCUGUUGCAGAGCAUCUGGGGUUGAGGAUACACCAGCGGGAGACAUUCAGAGGCUGGAGUAUGCCGGAAGGAACCAAUCUUAUUGUGGUAGUUUCGUUCGGACUCUUUGUGCCCCCGAGAAUAUUAAAGUCGGCAAAAUAUGGAGGACUGAAUGUGCAUCCGUCACUCCUACCACACCUACGUGGACCAGCUCCGAUACACCAUGCCAUGAUGCGUGGAGAGAAGUACACGGGAGUCUCUCUCCAGACGCUUGACCCCAAGGCUUUCGACCAUGGCACCGUCCUCGCCCAAACACCUUCCCCCGGCUUACCGAUACCGGCCAAUGCCACGCUCCAGCAUCUUACAGAAGACCUUGCCAAGGUUGGCGCAGAGAUGCUCGUCCAGGGACUGCGAGACGGACUGCAUGUGCCGCCUUAUAGGGAUGCAGGAUGGAUGGCCGAGCAGCUUCACGGGGAGGACCUGAUUCACGCGCCGAAAGUUGGGAAGGGCGAAUCACAGAUCAACUGGCUGGAAUGGAAGCCUUCAGAUUUCGAGCGUUUUGUCAACAUUUUCGGCACAGUUUGGACGCAUGCGAGGAACGACAAGGGCAAGUUCAAGAGGGUGCUCUUUUUGGAUGCAGAGAGCGUGUCUGCAGACGAGGAUGUCCCGAGAACUGUUAGGGUCGAUGAGGAGCGUGAUGUGGUUUAUGUUCAGACGGCGCAUGGGGGCUGGGUGCGUGUGAGGAGUGUCAAGGUUGAUGGGAAGACGGCGCAGAAGGCGAGGAUUGGGCUGAGGGAGUUUAUGAGGAGAUGA